UGUACUAGGCACUGACAGUGCUAAUAUUUCUCCCCUUCUCGCUGUCCCAUUUGGCUGGUCGAUGCUUGCCGAGGGUGCGCGCUCCCACAGUAGAUCGUGACACAGGUAAUAGUAGAAAUCAGGCGAGCGCUCACCCUGACUCCCUCCCAACAAGCAGACGAGAAUACAAGGGGAAGCAGACCCGGAUAAAGCGCGCGCGGUGAUUGACGUUGAUGUGUUGAUUGACAGGUCUGAAAAGAGAGAGUGUGAGGGACAGACAAUAAUUGGGCAAAAACGCAGCUAAAGAAAUAAUCGAGCAGGCAAAUGCGAGUGGGGAAUCGCUGAAGGUAUACCACUGACAAGCAGCGUGUUAUUCUAACUGACGGAGGUUUGCUAACCCAGCACGUGUCACUUUCGGCAGACGAUGCGAAGGCACGCGAGCAAGCGAACGUGGCAGACGAUAUUUAUGAUGACGGAGAGACAUUGUUUUCACGUGUGUUCAGACACUCAGAUUUCCAUCAUGCUGUGAAAAGAAGAAACUACUACGCACAUUUCCAACAUUAUACGAUUUUUUUCCAUAUUUUGUCAAUAUGGAUAUUUCCAAUAGGAAUAAAACCACUAAAUUUUGAAGAUUCCAAUUUCUGACUGAAGACGCCCAUUCCCGCUGUGACAUUUCUUAUUUAUCUUUUCCAGCAUUACACAUCCAUCCAAGGAGAGUGUCUCCCUGAGAUGUCGCUGCAAGAGUUUUGUUUACGAUACACGAACCUUGUCUGUGAGAAGGAAUGAUGUGUGACAGUAUUCAAUGAGGCUUAAAAACUUUGAAUUCAUGCAAGUGAAUGGAUUCUAAAGGUUAUCGUAUGGAAACAGCUGUCGGAGUUAAGUUCCAUUUUUGUCAAAGUAUGACAUACCUGUCGGUGUUACGAAGCACAGUGUGGAUUGUAUACACGGCCGUCACUGUGAUAAGCCUACUUGUUAGUGUCUGUGAUGGUAUGCAAUGCCCAACCUGUGACAAAAUCCACUGUUCCCCCCGUAAAGCUUCCAGACUGAAAUGUAAAGGUGGCAUCACGACAGGCAUCUGCAACUGUUGCCCCGCAUGCGCUAAACUGGAGGGGCAAAAGUGUGGCGGAGAUUAUAACUACCUCGGGAAGUGCGAUAAGGGAUUCUAUUGUAAACCCCGUAAGAAGACCAUCAUAGGAUUCAUCAGAAAGGACCCGGUAGGGACUUGUCAAAGAGGUCCUCAAGCUGACGCAGGGUUUUCCGGUUUCUGCCGACCCAAAUGUUCUCCGCAGUACUGUAGGCGGAACCCCAAAGCCGUGUGUUCUGCCAGCGAUGCAGCGGAGGUCCGGCGUGACUGCCACGGCGACUGCCAACACACGUCCUGCAACGCCUGCACCUUCCAACGGGAACCGGAAUGUCCAGUUUGUCGGAAAGAUGACUUCAGAUGUCUUAAAAAGUUUGGCAAAUGUAUAAAGAAGCAAACCUGCUCAAGGAAACGAUAUCCCUGCAAGUGGAGGAAAUUGAAGACUCCCGAGAAGGGCAAGUUCGUGUGUCAAGUACCCCAAUGUCCAGACGCUGCUUGAAGAGGUGUGGGAACUGCGUGUAAAUCUCUAAUCUCGCUUGGUGCUAAUCAUAUGAAGUUAUUGGGCUCGCCGCCCACCAAAUAACAACGCAUUUAGCUUGGCUCAAAUCGUUGGCCAUGGCUACAAACCUCAGUUCACGUUGUCUCUUUCAUGCUUAGCUAUUGUCUUAUUUGUCGAAUUUUAUGCAGUGGAGAUCAUUGCUCUUAUGAAUACCCGUAAACAACUUUGCUGGGACAAGCCAUUAAUACAGAUUUCACGAUCACCUGUCAGGUGGACUUGCUUGAGGAGGGAGUGAUUGUCACAUCUCAGGAACACCUGUCAGAUGGACUUGCUUGAGGAGGAAGUGAUUGUCACAGCUCAGGAACACCUGUCAGGUGGACUUGCUUGAGGAGGAAGUGAUUGUCAUAUCUC